ACCCUAGAUAUUAUCCUGCCGUAAAACAUUUAUGCAGACGGUUGUUGUGCGUUCAGUGUGCGCUCGAAGUAAAGCUUCCUUGUUGAUCAACAAAAUAUGAGUAAACACAAUGCGUUCUACUAUCGCCUUAGACGUGUAUUUCAAGCGAGUGUUGUCGUUAACAUUGUUUUGGUGAUCACCAUUGUAGUUUUAUAUAUCGUAAGUCAUACACUACGUCAACGGGAUGUUCAAUCAUGUGUCACCACAUCACUCAGGAAAGACCCUCGGACAGACACCGCUGGACAGAUCUGCCUGACCUGUGACUUCCAAGGACACGACACAAGCGACACCUUGUAUGAAUUUAUAGUAAAAACUGAUCACAAUGAUUCACUCUGUUGUCUGCAGCGCGAUGGUGACCUCCAGAACCUUAUUCUUGAGCUGGUGGAGGAAAACAGACACAACUGGCACACUAAUCCGGUAAAUAACAUAUCGGGGAAACUACGAUGGUGGAUAGAGAGAAACCAUGCAGCACACCUGUACCCUAGUGGCUUCUCAAAUGGCCAAAAAAAACAUCAUUGUUACAAAAUCUGACUUUGAGUGAUGACGGAAGGAAGAUCACUGUUCCCAAGAAACCAGGCGCUGGAAUGUAUUUCGUCUAUGCGCAUCACACUUUCGAUUUCAGCAAAGCAGCGACCAAUAGACCAUCGCCC